CAGAGUCAGCUGACGCUACGGUUCUCCAGAGCGGGCGGUAAAGAAAUUUGAAGCAGAAGGGGUCAGCCAUUACACCACGCUGCUGAUGAGUGAAGAUGGGGACACUUUAUAUGUGGGAGCACGGGAAGCCUUGUUCACUCUGAACAGCACAAACUUCAUGUCCCACUCAAUGCUGACGUGGGAAGCAGAAGAGCUUAAAAAGAAGGAGUGCACUUUUAAGGGGAAAGAUGUUCAGAAAGAUUGUCAGAACUAUAUUAAGAUCCUUGUACAGUUGAACAGCACACACCUCUACACCUGUGGAACGUACGCCUUCAGCCCCAACUGCACCUACAUUAAAAUCAGUGAUUUUACCUUUGAAAGGGAUGCCACUGGGAAGAUAAUCACAGAAGAUGGAAAAGGACGAUGUCCUUUUGAUCCUGAAUAUAAGUCAUCAGCCAUCAUGGUCGAUGGGGACAUGUAUGGUGGCACUGUCAAUAACUUUCAAGGGAACGAGCCCAGCAUAUACAAGAGCCAAGACAGCAAGAUUAUUCUGAAGACGGAGAACUCCUUGAACUGGCUCCAAGAUCCAGCUUUUGUUGGUUCAGCUCACAUACAAGAGAGUCUACCCAAAGGGAACUCUAUGGGGGAUGAUGAUAAGAUAUAUUUCUUUUUCACGGAGACAGGAAAAGAGCUUACUUUUUUUGAAAAUACUUUAGUUUCACGGAUUGCCCAAGUGUGCAAGGGCGAUCUAGGUGGAGAGCGUGUAUUGCAGAGGAAGUGGACCACGUUUCUGAAGGCUCAGCUCCUGUGCACUCGCAAUGGAGAUAACUUCCCCUUCAAUGUGCUUCAGGAUAUGUUUGUGCUCACUCCAGGAGAGGACAAUUGGGCCAAUACCAUCUUCUAUGGGGUCUUUACCUCUCAGUGGAGUAACGGAGGGGUGGGCAGCUCGGCUGUGUGUGCCUUCUCUAUGCAUGAUGUUCAGAGGGCUUUCAAUGGCCUCUAUAAGGAAGUGAACCGUGAGUCUCAGCAGUGGAGUACAUACACCCACUCUGUUCCCGAGCCACGACCUGGAGCUUGUAUUACCAACAAGGCAAGAAGCAUGAAAAUCAACUCUUCACUUCAAAUGCCUGACAGAGUGUUAAACUUCGUCAAAGAUCAUUUUCUGAUGGACAGUCCAGUGCGGAGCCAGGCAUUGCUCCUGCAGACACAAAUGCGCUAUCAGCAGAUCAGUGUGCAAAGGGUGAAGGGCCUGAAGAGAACCUAUGAUGUCAUGUUCUUGGGAACAGAUGACGGAAGGCUGCACAAAGCUGUCAAUGUAAAUAGAAAAGUGUACAUCAUUGAGGAGAUUCAGCUGUUCCCUGAUACUGACUCGGUGCAGGAACUGCUGCUUGAUCACAGCAAGGGCCUGGUGUACGCUUCAUCGCGAUCCAUGGUGAUACAAAUGCCAGUUUCUAACUGCAGCAUGUACGCAACCUGCGGAGAGUGUGUCCUAUCACGUGAUCCCUACUGUGCGUGGAGCAGGAAGGGCUGUCGUAGUGUCCGUCACCAUGUACACGAAUCAAACUCCCAGCACUGGCUCCAGGACAUAGAAAAUGCAGAUUCAAAUCUCUGCCAGCAACUGAAUGAUACCGGACCUGGAGGACGAGUUAACAUAGUAGAUGACAAACCACAGUGUCAAAAGAUUGUGCUCCAACCAAAUAAUACUACCACUCUGUCGUGCAAUUUGCUGUCCAACUUGGCAACUCGUCAAUGGCUCCACAAUGGCAAAGUCAUUGAUUCCACUUAUUUUGUUCUAGAAUCAGGAGAUCUGAUCCUUGUCAAUAGCCCUGACCGUCUGGGAAGAUAUGAAUGCUGGUCAGUAGAAUAUGGCUUUAGGAAAUUAAUGGCUAUGUACUGCAUGGAGACCGAUGGUGCCAUAAAGGCAACUACCCCAAGGCCUCCAACUGAAAUUACCUUCAAGAAAAUUAGCCCUAUUGAUAAGGUUGUAAACUCUUCCAAAUUUGUGUCUGUGUCAGAGAGCCAAACAGCUAAACUUUUAGGAAAAUCCUACUGGAAUGAAUUUUUAGUCAUGACUGUCCUUUUUGUGGUGGUUUUGGUCUUUAUGACACUGUUUAUAUUGUAUAAAAAUCGGAGUGGAAUGAAGUCCAUCCUGAAGCCAGUAAAACAUGAGCCAGCCAAGAAGAUCCGUAGUAAUGGCAAACAGACAGAGAGUUUGCCUUUGAAUGGAACAAGUGCUCCAUUGCCACAAGCUGACCAUAAAGGCUAUCAGACUCUGAAUGACAAUUACAUUAUCAAUACUCCCGUUCACGAUCCUUUGGUUGCUAGCAAAAUUGUGUCAGAGUCGGAAAAAAGGCCACUUAAUGUUAAGGACACAGUUGUAGAGGUCACUCCAGUAGGCCCAAAAGCACGGGUACGACUGGGAUCUGUAAUACGAGAUUCUGUGGUAUGAGAGACUACUACAUAGGGAGAUGAUCCUUCCCAUAACUACAAUGCCAAAAGGGACCACAAGUAUUUUAUGUGUGUGCAUGCAAGUUGGAUUAUGACAAUGGUAAACUUUUAAUUGUCAACCCAGGCUACCUAUAUUCAUGGAUAGCUUCUGUGUGCAGAGAGCAUA